CCGAACCCUGAUAGUUCAGGUCUUGAUUGGCAGUCCAGCCUCCCUUGCGCAUCUCAAAUCCCACCGGUCACCCCACCGUCUCAAAACUUCAAUUCAAGAUGUCUUUCCAGAAGCCUGAGAAGGAUUUCGGCGAGGGCCCUGUACGUCUACCACCAUCAUCAUGAUACAUGUAUAACAUGUCUUUCAUUGCAAUGCCAUUGGGAGAUGGGUUGAUAUAUAAGGUCCACAAGAUCCGUAUCACCCUCACCUCUCGCAAGGUCGCUUCCCUCGAGAAGGUGUGCUCGGAGCUGAUCGACCGUGCUCGCUCCAAGUCCCUCCAGGUCAAGGGUCCCGUCCGUCUUCCCACCAAGACCCUUCACAUCUCCACCCGUAAGACCCCCAACGGUGAGGGUUCCAAGACCUGGGACAAGUACGAGAUGCGCAUCCACAAGCGUCUCAUCGACCUCCUCGCCCCCACCGAGACCGUCAAGCAGAUCAUCAUCAACAUCGAGGCUGGUGUUGAGGUUGAGGUCACCAUUGCUGCUUAAACAAAUCCCUACCUCUUCCUUUACUGGAUACGGUUUGGGUUCGUGACAGGGGUGGCGCGGACGAUGAGGUUAUGUUUUGUGGUGCUGCUGCGGCCGUGCUAGGCAUUCGUCGAUACCCGCCAGUUCCUGGCCUGAAAAUGAAAAAGUUCAAAAAGCAGUAAACUAUUUCUCUUAUCGAAGUGGAUGAUUGUACGGAUUGUAGUGUAGUGUAAUGGUAUCAAAUCUAGCAGUGAUUCAACUGCUUCCGUUGUUCCGUUU